CAACCGAUAACGGGACUCUCGUGAAGGGGGCAGCAGAGCGCUAGUGUAGCGAGUGUGUGUGUGUGUGUGUGUGUGUGUGUGUGUGUGUGUGUGUGUGUGUGCAGUCAGUGCACGGCAGCGCGCCUCCGCUUCAUCUCUCCGCUGUUUCCCGCGGAUCUCUCGCGCUCUUCAUCUCUUCACUGUUUCUCUGUGGAUUUUCUCUGGAGAUGUUUGUGUGCGGACGCACCUCGUUCCGGCAGCUGCAGGCGUGUGUUUUCCGACUGCUAUGUUUUAUUCCCACAGGAUUCCCGGUGAUCAGCGUAGACAGCCAGAGAUCCACCGACAACAUCACCAUCAGACAGGGAGACACCGCCGUGAUCCGGUGUUAUGUGGAUGAUAAGGUGUCGAAGGUGGCCUGGUUGAACCGCUCCAACAUCAUCUUCGCGGGUGAGGAUAAGUGGUCUCUGGACCCGCGGGUGGAGCUGGUGACUCAGGGUCAGCUGGAGUACAGUCUGAGGAUACAGAAGGUGGAUGUGUUCGACGAGGGCCCGUAUACCUGCUCCAUCCAGACCAAACAGCAGCCCAAGACGUCACAGGUCUACCUCAUCGUUCAAGUUCCUCCAGUCAUCUAUAAAGUUUCUGAAGACUUCACUGUGAACGAGGGCAGUAACGUGACGCUGACGUGUUUGGCCAAUGGGAGGCCAGAUCCCUCCAUCACCUGGAGACUGCUCAACCCGUCAGCCGAGGCUCUUGAUGUCGGAGAGUAUCUGGAGAUCUCUGGGAUCGUUCGCUCUCAGGCCGGACGUUAUGAGUGUAAAGCGAGCAAUGACGUCUCCACUCCUGAUGUCAAAUACGUCAACGUGGUGGUGAACUACCCGCCGUACAUUAAGGAGGUGCGUAGCUCCGAGACGCCGGUGGGACAGGCUGGAGUCCUGCACUGUGAGGCGUCUGCGGUUCCUCAGCCGGAGUAUGAGUGGUACAGAGACGAGCGCAGACUGUCCAGCUCUCAGAGCGUCAGUAUUCAGAUCAGCGGCUCUCGCACACUGCUGGUGGUCGCAAACGUCACGGAGGACGACUACGGAAACUACACAUGUGUCGCCACCAACAGACUGGGAGUCCACAACGCCAGCGUGUUCCUCUAUAAACCUGGCACUGGGCGGGACAUCAACGCCUCAGGCUGCGUCUGUCAAUCAUUCUGGCUCCUCCUCCUGUCUGUUCUCUCAGUUCUUCUGAAGUGUUAAUGUUCAGCGCUGAUGCUCUGAACUCGAUCGAUCAUCUCAGACUGUUUCCAUCCGUCCAUCCUCGCUCACCGUUACGCCCCGACAGGACGACCGUCUUAUUAUCAGGAACAAAUAUGACAUGGAGAAAAGAAAGAAGGUGCUAUUUUCAAGACAAGAAUAUUGUUGUUGUCAAGCACUGACUUCUGUCUGAGUGAAAUCAUCUAGAAAUAUGGUUCAUUUCAUUGUGUUUUCCCAUAAUACCCUGCAGUCUGUUCCCAAAUCUGCCUAAUGUAAACUAAUGAAGGAGCGCUAGGAUCAUGUAAAGUCUUUUAGAUGUGGUUUAGGACUAAUGACUAGCAGAAGGGACUGGAACACAGUAUUUUCUCCUGAAUCUUCAUCAUGAAGAUAUUCACAGAUCAGAUCAUGUCUGUGUUUGUGAAGAUUGAUAGGAGAUUCUUUUCACAGCCCCUGACCUAAACCCCUCCCACAUGUGUAGCCACACCCACACACCAAACCCCUCCCACAUGUGUAGCCCCGCCCACACACUCAACCCCUCCCACUCCUGGAGGGUUCCUGUGAAAGCCUGGAUCAUCUGAGAACUGUUUCUCUCGUGAAAAACUAUUCCUCUGGAGGGAAACCUGUAGAGUGCUGUGGGAUGAUUUUGGUAAAGUGUGAGAUCCUCGUGUCCUGAACCUCGUCUUCUGUGUGUCUGUGAAAUCGUAUGAACUCUGAAUUGUACGACACCAAUGAAUGCUUCGCUUCGAUUCGCUGCUCAUCCCGUCGCGUCUGUCGUCUGUAAAUACUCGUUUAAUCGAAUGUCCUCACAUGGAAACGAAACGAAUCUUCAGUUCAGGUCUCUUCAUUAGUUAAUUAUCUGCGGUGGCGCUUUGAUGCUUCCUGUAACAAACUGAAAUUAGAUACUAAACAAAGAUUUUUAAUACAAAUAUUUAAAUAUCUCGUUCUAAAACUAGAUUUACCUUUGUAGCGGCUGCACUACUAUUCUUAUUCAUAGAGAUUGAUCAUUUCUGUUCAUUAGUUAUUAUAAAAGUAGUUGGACAGAAAUGAGCUGAAUCCACUGACUGCCAAACGAUUCGAGAAAACGAUAUAAAAAAGCCAUUUUAGAGAUGAUUUACACACACUGAAUCCACGCACACACACAUUAGUUUUCUGCGUGAUUGAAUUUGUGAAGCGUCCGUCCCUGAUUUUCUUGUUUACCAGAUUUAUUUAUUUUAAAGUUCUCGGAGAACAAGUUGUAUGUACACAUUCAUAUAUUAAAGACAUUUAAACGGUAUAAUGAAUCCCUCCUGAGCUCUUCAGCUCUUUGAUUGACAGCUCUCUCAGCCAAUGAUCUUUCAGCGUGUGAGCUCUGAUUGGAUGAAGCCGCUGUGGCUCGGCGACUGGUUUAAGGGCUAGUCGUGUGUCCUGUAGUCCUCAGAAGCUCUCGCUCGUGCCCUGAACACCGUUGUCUGAGUUUGAUCCGAUCUGAAGUCUGGACCAGGACUUGUGUGUUUCUGUCUGUGUGUGUGUGUGUUACUCCUGAUGCUCUGUAACAUGACAAGAAAACUGGACGCCGUGUCUUUGUCGAUCCUCGGGACGCUGGAGUCUCUAGAAAGAGUUUUCCGUCUCGUUCCGCUGACAUCUUCAUGAAAAGCAAUGAACAUUUUCUAACUGUGUUUAUUUACUCUAAAAUUAGCGGAACGAUUUUUUAAAUCUGCACUGUAAAGAACUCAUGAAGUGUUUGAAAUGGAAAUAAAGUCAUUUGAAUUUGUUGUAUUUCAAAAGUGGGUUUAAGAAAAAAAUAAAAGAUAGUAAUUUUUGGUGAGAAAAUGAGGCUUAUGAACUCUGUUAAUCAUGUAACAUGAAAAUAAAGGAAUAUAAAGAUUGUUAGCUCUCCCUUUAAAUGUCAGUUAUUGUGUUUUUAACUCUAUUUGAAACGAAGAGUCAGUGUAAACUUCACUUCACAGACGUCAUCUCCGAAAUCAUUUCACAACAAAACACAAGUGCACUCAAAAUCAUAACGCACACUGAAUCAUAAAUGCCCACAAACACACACUUAAAAUACUUAACUUGAAUUUACUAUUAAAAUCAUAAAAUUAGAAACGGGACCCUUUUAUCUGAACACACACACACACACACACAUACACAAACAAUUAUAUAUUUAUUAAAGUUUCUGAUUUGAACAAAAAAAAAGUAUAAUUAUAGUUAUAAAGGUUUUGGAUUGCUUACCUUAAUAUAUAUAAGAGGAGUACAAUAUGAUUUUGUAAGUUAAUGAUUUAUGAUCAGUUGUUGGGAAAACUGAUGGAUUCAGACUUUUGACUUGUAAUUAAUGAUGGCAUGUUAAUUUGCGAGCGUAACAGUACAAUCACACAAUAAAUGAUAUAUUACUGAUGUUGUUUCUGAAAUCUGUGUUGUGGAUAUAGAGAUCUGGUUUUAUUUGAUCACUUUCACACAGAAUUGCUGAUGAACUCAGGUUUUCUUAUUUGCUAAUAACUCACUUAAAAAAUUACUUCUGCAACAUUUUAAUUUUACAGUUCUUCAUUUUUUUUAUCAUCACUCAUUUUCUCAAAAUCUUCAACAAAAAUCAAAAUCUUCAAACUGAAAUCACAGAAAAUCUGACUCUUCAGACAAAAUCAAACAAUCACUUCAAAACCAUUUCACUUGUUCUCAAAAUCAAAGCUUUCAAAUCACACACACAUUAGUCAGUAAUAUACACAAUACAAAAAAUUAUGAAAUCUUAUAAAACCACAAGCAUGUUGCUAGCAUGUUUCU